GGUUUCUGUCGCAGUGGCUCAGGAUCUGGCUGCAUAACACAUGCUCCAGCAUCUAGGUUAUGGAGGGCAAGUGCCACCGACACCAACCACAUUUGAAGUGACCGUACUCGGGACCACAGUGUUGGACUUCUCAUGGGCGGCAGUAACUGGCGACUUUGACAACUACCUUAUCGUGGUUCACCAUGAUCCUGAAUCUACCGAUGUAGCUGAUCAGGUUCUUUUGCGUGUUGACAAAACCUUGACCAAGUACAGAUAUGUUUAUACGGUCCCAAUUGUUGGGCUGACAUUCUAUACUGAGAAGGGCACUGUAAGAAGUAGCAGUAUCACCAAUGUGCUUCCCAACAGUGAUUAA